CUCAAGACCUGCGAUCAAAAUUUAACGGCCACAAAGGCUCGAGCGCAAAUCUAAAAAACUUGAUCAUGCCCACAGAAAAUCAAAACUGUAGACUAGUUAUCUCACUGCUUCACUGGUUACAGUUUACUCGACGCCAAACACUGAGCUUAAAGGCACAAAGAUCAAAGCUUCUAAGAGCCAAGAAUUCAAAGUGCCUAAAAGCUAAUACCCAAGAACCAGGAAAUUAGCAGCAGAUGGGUUUUACCAUGGGCUUGAACCUGCUGCUCCUCCUAGCCAUGGUGGCUACCAACAUCCUGUCCCUCUACCACCUCUCUGCUCCCACUCUUCAAUCCCCCAAACCCCCAGCUCCUUUGCAAGUCCCAGACCAUCUGCUCCACCAAUUGCAAACUAUACGCGCCACCAUUAACCACCUCACGCGCCACCAACCAUCAAACCCCACCACUCCCACCACCUCUCAAUCCAAACCCACCAUCCCUUCAGAUCUCCUCCUCUAUUCGCACGUAUCCCCCAUAGCCUCUUCCUGUCACAACCACCCUGACCUUCUCCACAAGUACAUGAGCUACACUCCUUACUCUCUUUGCCCUCUUGACUCUGAUCUUGCUGAGUCUUUAAUCCUCCGUGGCUGCCACCCUCUCCCUCGUCGCCGAUGCUUCUCCAGAACCCCAUCAAAACCCCCUUCUUCUCUCCCACGUAACCCUUUCCCUUCCUCAUUUGUUGACUCUAAUGUAAUAUGGGCUCAAUAUUCUUGCAAAUCCUUUUCUUGUCUUGCUAAACAGAGCCCGAAUCUUGGUUUUGAUAUAAACGCUGAGAUCUCAAGGUUUAUGACAUAUAAAACAGAGUUAGAUCUCCCAAUUCCACAACUGCUACAAGUAGCCAAAUCAGCUAAUUCUUUGAUCAGACUUGGUAUUGAUAUUGGCGGCGGUACUGGUACUUUCGGAGCAAGAAUGAAGCAGUACAAUGUGACUGUAAUCACUACCACAAUGAAUUUCAAUGCGCCUAACAAUGAAGUGGUGGCAAUCAGAGGUUUGGUGCCACUUCACGUGCCAUUACAGCAGCGGUUGCCGGUGUUUGAUGGGGUGGUGGAUCUGGUGAGGUGUGGACGUGCAGUGAACAGGUGGAUACCAUUGAAGAUGAUGGAGUUUUUGUUCUAUGAUGUGGAUAGGGUGUUGAGAGGUGGUGGGUACUUCUGGUUGGAUCAUUUCUUUAGUAAAGGGGUGGAUCUUGAUAAGAUUUAUGGGCCUUUGAUUGGAAAGUUGGGUUACAAGAAGGUGAAAUGGGCAGUGGGGAAUAAGACUGAUUCAAGUGGCUUGAAGAAUGGGGAGGUUUACUUGACUGCUCUUCUGCAGAAGCCUGUAUCAAGAUGAGAGUCAGAUACUGGGCUAUAGAUUUCAGACAAUAAACUUGGUUCAAUUUCUGCUGUUCCGGUCUGGUAUCAUUAUCAUAUCUCUCCAGAUUGGCUAGCAAAAGCGCAAGCUACCCUGUUCAAAAUUUAGAUGCUUCUUCAGAUAAAAGAUGUAAGCAGCUACCUCAGCAAUGAAGCAACUUACUUAUUGCCACAAAAUUGUCUAUAAAGAUUAUAGGAUGGGGUAAAAUCAGGAUUCAGGAAGGUUGUAGGCAGAACACAAUGAUUGAUCUUUAUUGGUUUUUGUAUUCAUAAGCAUGUUAAUUCAGUUAACUGUGUACAAAUAAAUAAGCAGAACAAGCAUACAUUUCUGUUGCCCAUUGCCCAACAAGGCAACAAAUCUAUGAAAAUAAAAUUAGGAAUAUUAUUAUUU